AAUAUCCAUCAUAAUCUAUGAGACUGACGUCAUGGACAUCAACCCCGCUGACUUGAGGCAGCACUGCCAGAAGGAAAUUGCCAACCCCACAGGUUCUGCCGUGGAUAAAUUCAGAAGCAAGAUCUUUUUGAGAAAAGGAACAGCAGGGAUUAAGAGUAUAGGCAGGAUGUUUAAGAUUUUCGAUGAUGACGGCAACCGGAAUCUGAGCCGGGAGGAGUUCAAGAAGGGGGCAACAGAACGCGGCAUCAAACUUGAGGAAAAGGAAAUGGAGGAACUCUUUGCCGAAAUUGACAAGGAUUCCACAGGAUUUAUCGAAUAUGAGGAAUUUUUGAAAGCACUUCGGGGCCCGAUGUCUGAAAGCCGGAUGGACCUUGUGAAGAAGGCCUUCAAAAAGCUGGACGAGACCGGUGACGGCAUUGUGACGGACCAGGAUCUGGUAAAGAAGUACGACAUCAAGCACCAUCCCAAGUACAAGAGUGGGGAGUGGACUGCUACACAGUGCAGACGCUCAUUCUUAGACACUUUCGACAUUCAGGAUAACCCAGAUGGAAAAGUAACUAUAGAGGAAUUCAUAAACUACUACAGCGGAGUGAGCAUCAGCAUCGACAAAGAUGCCUACUUUGACCUUAUGAUGAGGAAUGCCUGGAAUCUCUAGCAACCUUGACAGCUUCUACAACAACGUGGACCGUGUCGGUCACACAAGAUGUCCACCAAGGUCAACAUUCGAACAUCAGAUGUCAAGAACCUGAAUCUGGUUAUUUGACCUUUGUGGGUGUCUCCACUUGUCUCCACUUGUCGGAACACCAUUUGCUAUUUUUAAGACGUCCAGGCUGUAAAUUAUCUGUUUAAAUUUUAACUUAAUCAUCAGUUCCUAUCAAAGAAGUCAGUAAAUUCCUAAAGGUUGAGAUGACGCCCGUGUUCCUUGUCACUGUAACUAGGCAGUAGUUGUUGAUCGGGGCAGCUGAUUAGGACUGUGGUAACCCACCUUGCCAGGGGGACAGCAUCAAUGUUCACACAGUAGGUAACAGGAAUACUGUUGAGUAUCUCCGGCUAUAAAUAGUUCUUUGGGGGAAAUGAGGCCGGGUGACGAAUUCUGCUAGGGGUAUGCUAUAUUCAACGUUAGUUAGUCCGUUCCUGUUUGAGUAUCCAGCCACCACCACCAGACAAGGGAGUCGGAAAGCAGAUAUCCCUGAACCCUUUAACAUUCUAUUCAUAUCUAUGUUUACACAUUGUAUCUCGCUUGAAUUAAGUUUAAUUCCAUCAACAUUUGACCACACUAUCUUUUUAUGUACGUUUUCAAGUUAAGGCGGCGCAUGUUUUGUUUUGAAUACUAAAGCGGAUAUGACCUGUUUCUCCUCCAAUGUUUCUAAUGCAUGUAAAUUUCAUUCAUAAAACCUGUAUGUGACUUUUGUUGUACUUUUUAAGUUUGCUCAAUACAAAUAAAACAUUGUCAUCUUUC